GUGCCGAGAGUCCUUCAAAGCCGACGACGAGACGACGAUGCAGUCGUCGUCGUCAUCAGCCUCGACGCCGGCUGCCGCUUCCGGCCUCGUCUUCGAUCUCGGGUCUGCGGCGGGCGUGCCGGAGACACACGCGUGGCCGGGGGUGAACGAGUACCCGUCGGUGGAGUCCGCUGGCCGCGACGUGGUCCCGGUGGUGGACAUGGGGGUGGCCUGCCCGGACGCGACGCGGGCGUUGGCGCGCGCCGCAGACGAGUGGGGCGUGUUUCUGCUCGUCGGCCACGGCGUGCCCCGGGAAGUGGCGGCGCGUGCCGAGGAGCAGGUCGCGCGCCUGUUCGUGCUCCCGGCUCCUGACAAGGCCCGCGCGGGGCGCCGCCCCGGGGAGCCCACGGCCACCGGCUACGGCAGGCCGCCCCUGGCACUCCGCUUCUCCAAGCUCAUGUGGUCCGAGGGGUACACGUUCCGCGCCGCCACCGUCCGCGAAGAGUUCCGCCGCGUCUGGCCCGACGGCGGCGACGACUACCUCCGCUUCUGCGACGUGAUGGAGGAGUACGACAGAGAGAUGAGGGCUCUCGGUGGCAGGCUGCUCGACCUCUUCUUCAUGGCGCUCGGCCUCACCGACGUCCAGUUCGCCACCGGCGAGACGGAGCGGAGGAUCCGCGAGACCUGGACGGCGACGAUGCACCCAAUCCUGUGUCCGGAACCGGAGCGCGCCAUCGGGCUGACGGCGCACACGGACUCGGGCUUCAUCACGCUCAUCAUGCAGAGCCCCGUGCCCGGGCUGCAGCUGCUCCGCCGCGGGCCGGACCGGUGGGUGACGGUGCCGGCGCCGCCGGGCGCGCUCAUCGUCAUGCUCGGCGACCUGUUCCAGGUGCUCACGAACGGCCGCUUCCGGAGCCCUAUCCACCGCGCCGUCGUAAGCCGAGAGCGCGAGCGGAUCUCCGUGCCCUACUUCCUCUGCCCGCCGGAGGACAUGACGGUGGCGCCGCUCGCGUCCGCUCUGCUGCCGGGGAGGAAGGCCGUGUUCCGGGCCGUGACGUGGCCAGAGUACAUGGAGGUCAAGCACAAGGUGUUCGGCACGGAUGCGCCGGCCCUGGAGAUGCUGCAGCUGCAGGUGGAUGAGGAAGAACAAGGUGAAAGGGCCGCCACCACCUAAGCCCUAAGGAACUACUAGCUGAAUCCAUAAACUAAUAAAGAAUUCGUGAAUAAGGGCGUUGGAAGACUGGACACAACACAAGAGAGUUGCUAUAUAUCGUAUUUCUGAAAUUUAAGGCAAAUAUCUUAGUUAAAAAACUGGUAUAUUUAAAUAGACAAUAUAUAUCUAAAAUAAAGAUAGUUCACCAUUUUUACGGUCGAACAAUGAUAAAGUUAUAUAUUGUCUGAAUAGUAACAAAUUAAAGAUUUCCAGG